AUAUCUUAUCGAUAAGUCCGCGUACACAGAAAAUAAAUUUUUUUGAGAAAAUUAAUUUUUUUGAUGAAAUUGGGAAAUUAAACGCACAAAACGUGAACAAAAGCAAUCCCAGCGAAAGGCGCGAUUACCACGCGUCGAGAGGACCAAACGGCACAUAAAACAAGUGGUGAUACAUACGCAUUUCGGCUGUCGCAAGCAACAGCCCUCGCCCAAAAACGCCAACCAGCAGCAGCCACCAUACCACACCCCCCCCCCGCACUGCGCCGCACAAUCAGCAGCCGCACACACAAAGCACUCCAGCCGCAGCAGCCACAGAAAAUAGUAAAGUAACGCAACAAAUAUGCAGGCGAUUAAGUGUGUCGUUGUGGGCGACGGAGCCGUGGGUAAGACCUGCUUGCUGAUCAGCUACACGACAAAUGCGUUUCCCGGCGAGUACAUACCCACCGUGUUCGACAACUACUCGGCCAAUGUGAUGGUCGAUGCCAAGCCCAUUAAUUUGGGAUUGUGGGAUACGGCCGGGCAGGAGGACUACGACCGCCUGCGUCCGCUGUCCUAUCCACAGACAGAUGUCUUCCUCAUUUGCUUCUCGCUGGUGAAUCCGGCCUCGUUCGAGAACGUGCGCGCAAAGUGGUAUCCGGAGGUGCGGCACCACUGCCCCAGCACACCCAUCAUCCUGGUGGGCACCAAGCUGGAUUUGCGCGACGACAAGAACACCAUCGAGAAGCUGCGCGACAAGAAGCUGGCACCCAUCACCUAUCCCCAGGGCCUGGCCAUGGCUAAGGAGAUUGGCGCCGUCAAAUAUCUGGAGUGCUCGGCGCUAACGCAAAAGGGACUGAAGACGGUGUUCGAUGAGGCUAUCAGAUCGGUGCUCUGCCCAGUGCUGCAGCCCAAGUCCAAGCGCAAGUGCGCCCUGCUCUAAAAGAAGGAUCCCAGCAGGAGCAGGAGCAGUACAGAUGGAGGAGCCCAGAGCAAGUGAAGAAGCAAAAACACCCACGAAGCAUUACACACACACACACACACACACGAACUUCUAUUUAAACGUAAUAUUAUUAACUAUAAAACAAUUAUGUAACCGAGGCAUUGGCCAUCCGUCGUCGGAUGUGGUCCAUCCUUCUUGGUUACACUUUUGCCACUAAUUUCGGGGGAACCCCAAACGUUCCCAGCCACAACUUCUUGCUUCUGUUUCGCUUACGUUACCGUUUCCAUGUUCGUUUCCGUUUCAAUUUCGUUUCCGUGUUUUUUUUUUUCUAAAUAUAAUUCAAACCUAUAAUCCUGUUUCUAUUGGUAGUUUUCUCCAUGUGCAUUAAAUCGAACUAAAAGUUAUCGCCAGAUUGCGAGAUAUUUCUAAACGAAAGAAAAAACCAAUGGAAAAAUCUGUAACUGUAUUUUGUAUUAUUUAAUAACCUUUUGUAAUUAAAAUUAAUGUUGUAAAACUGAGGUAAAACCAAAAAAAAAAACAAAAAAAGUGCGAGGAUAGUGAAGGAAAGUAGAGGAGGACGAGAAGACGAGAAUAGCCGCAUAAAGAGAGCAUAAAGCAUAAAGAGUUCGCCUGUUGAUUGUCGGUCCCAUCCCCGAGGGCAUAUCCUUGGGGAUCAGGCUAGUAGGAUAUUUGAGAGAGUCAGUAAAGUAAACGUUCCAUUGCAAUUACACUUACAUACAUUAUUACAUACAUAUUUGUAUUUAGAUGUUGUUGGAUAGAACAAAGAUUGGCAAAUGUGAGGAGAGCAGCAGGUAACAACUUUUUAAACUUUUGCUAGAUCCAGGAACUAUCAAUCUACAUACACACACAUAGGUAUAUAUAUAUACACACAAUAUUAUAUACAUGUAUGUAUAAAAUGAGAAAGUCCUUCGUAUACUAUGUACUGAAAUUGAAAUCAUCAAAACUAAAAAAACUGAGAAACUUUGAAUACUUUGUACUUUAAAAACCACAAAAUAUUCAACAAACAAACAAAACAAAACGCUGACGAGCUGACGAAACCAAGAUAAUUAUAUAAAUGUGUCUAUUUCAAUGGAAAUCAAUAAAGCAUACAACAAAAACUAUCAAUA